AUGAAAAUCCCGCCAGAAACAGUAAACAAGCUCCAGCUGGACGCAUCAUGUAUCAGAAACAUAUGUAUCCUUGCCCACGUAGACCAUGGUAAGACAUCAUUGAGUGAUUCCCUCUUGGCUACCAACGGAAUCAUCUCUCAGCGUAUGGCUGGGAAGGUACGAUACUUGGACUCCAGAGAGGACGAACAGUUACGAGGAAUCACCAUGGAGGCAUCCGCCAUCAGUUUAUAUUUCAAAGUCAUGAAGAUGAAAGAGGGCGAGGACAAUCCCGAAAUCAAGGAGCAUUUGGUCAAUUUGAUUGAUUCACCGGGCCACAUUGACUUUUCCAGUGAAGUCAGCACCUCUUCGCGAUUGUGUGAUGGUGCUGUGGUGUUAGUUGAUGUUGUCGAAGGAGUAUGUUCCCAGACCGUCAAUGUGUUGAGACAAUGCUGGAUUGACAAACUUAAACCGCUUCUUGUGGUUAACAAAAUCGAUAGGUUGAUCACCGAAUGGAAGUUGUCUCCAUUAGAGGCAUACCAACACAUUCUGAGGGUCAUUGAACAGGUCAACUCCGUCAUUGGGUCCUUUUACGCCGGUGACAGAUUGGAAGAUGAUAUGAAUUGGCGUGAAGCCGGUGCCAUUGGGGAAUUCAUUGAACAAAGUGAUGAAGACUUGUAUUUCAUGCCCGAAAAGAAUAAUGUCAUAUUUGCAUCGGCCAUUGAUGGAUGGGCCUUUUCUAUCAACACAUUCACCAAGAUCUACCUGAAGAAACUUGGCUUUUCCCAGAACGCCCUUUCCAAAACUCUCUGGGGAGAUUUCUACUUGGAUAUGAAGAACAAGAAAAUCAUCCCUGGUAAGAAAUUGAAACAAGGUACUAAUCUCAAGCCAUUAUUUGUGUCACUUAUUCUUGAACAGAUAUGGGCUGUUUAUGAAAACUGUAUCAUUGAGAGAAAUCAAGAAAAGUUGGAAAAGAUUAUUGAGAAAUUGGGUGCUAGAGUGACCCCGCGUGAUUUGCGUUCCAAGGAUCAUAAGAACUUACUUAAUCUUAUCAUGUCACAAUGGUUGCCUUUAAGUCAUGCCUUGCUUGGAGCAGUCAUUGAAUAUUUACCAUCUCCAAUUAAAGCACAGAGUGAAAGAAUCGACAAGAUCUUACAGGAAACCAUUUAUAGCUCGGUCAAUGCUGAAAAGUCCAAACUUGUCGAUGUGGAUUUUGCCAGAGCGUUAAAAGAAUGCGAUAGUUCCAACCCGGAAAAGCAUACUUUGGCGUAUGUUUCUAAGUUACUUUCGAUCCCCAAUGAGGAAUUACCCAAGGACAUAAGUUCAAAGGGAGAGUUAACUGCCGAUGAGAUCAAAGAAAGAACAAGAAUCGCUAGAGAAUUAGCAAGAAAGGCAUCAGAGGCAGCAGCUUUAGCAGUCGACCAAAAAGCGGACACCGAGGACUAUAGUAAACCCAAGAAAGAUGCAUUCGAAUGGGAAUUCGAAGAGGAGGAUUUCGAAGAAGAAGAGGAAGAAGAGACACACGAAUCCAAUGAAACAUUAGUGGGAUUCACGAGAAUUUACUCUGGCUCAUUUACCAUUGGCCAGAAAGUCACUGUCAUUGGACCAAAAUACGACCCCGCCUUGCCUAAUAGCCAUCCAACCAAUCAAGACCAAAUCACUACUGUUGAAAUCAAAGAUUUGUUUUUGAUUAUGGGCAGGGAACUCGUACGUAUGCAAACUGUCCCCGCGGGUAACAUUGUCGGUGUUGUUGGUCUUGACCAGGCCGUGAUUAAGAAUGCUACUUUGUGUUCGCCCCAUGUUGAUGACGAAUAUCCAUACAUUAACUUUGCAUCCACAUCCACUUUGAUUCAUAAUAAGCCAAUUAUGAAAAUUGCGGUGGAACCAACCAAUCCGUUAAAAUUGGCCAAAUUGGAACAAGGGUUGGAUUUGUUGAGCCGUGCUGAUCCGGUUUUGGAAUGGUAUAUUGAUUCAGAAUCGGGUGAGUUGAUUGUUUGUGUUGCUGGAGAAUUACAUUUAGAAAGAUGUCUUAAGGAUUUAGAGGAGAGAUUUGCGCCAGGAUGUGAAGUUACCGUUAAGGAACCGGUUAUUCCAUUCAGAGAAGGGUUGGUUAGUGAUAAGAUAAGUACGUUGUACGAAGACGAGGAACUGGGCGAAGAAGAUGAAGAUGAAGACGACGGUGAGAUUGUUGAUUUGGAAUUUGAAGUGUCGCCAUUACCUUUGGAAAUGACCCAGUUUUUGAUUAAUCAUGAAAAUUCAAUCUCGGAAAUCGUCAAUAGUAAACACGAAAUUGAAGAAGUGAAACAAGAAUUCCUUGAAAAGUUUACCAAUGUGGUAGCCGAACAUCCCACCUAUGGGUUCGAUGGUGCCAGUGACUUUAUCAACCAUAUUAUUGCAUUUGGACCUAAACGUAUAGGAGCUAAUAUUUUCGUUGAAGCCAAGGGGCAGAAUCAAUUCAGACACGUUCUUUCCAACUUGGACCCACCCCAACACCGAUUUGAAUAUGAAAACAAUGUCCUUAAUGGUGUACAGCUUGCUCUUAAUGAAGGACCACUUGCCAAUGAACCGUUGCAAGGGGUGAUGAUCACUUUGAAGCGUGCUGUCAAGAAUGAAAUCAACGAAGACAAGCUCGUGAACCCAGGUCGUAUCAUUGUCCAAGCGCGAGACUUGAUCCACAAGCGGAUGUUGCAGAAGUCACCUCGAUUGUUUUUGGCCAUGUAUACUUGUGAGAUUCAAGCUGCAGCCGAGGUGUUGGGUAAAGUGUACGCCGUGGUGCAAAAACGAGGCGGUGCUAUCAUUUCGGAAGAGAUGAAAGAAGGUACGCCGUUCUUUACUAUUGUGGCGAGGAUCCCUGUGAUUGAAGCGUUUGGAUUCAGUGAGGACAUUAGAAAGAAGACCAGUGGUGCUGCUUCGCCGCAAUUAGUCUUUGACGGGUACGAUGUGUUGGACAUUGAUCCAUUUUGGGUUCCUCACACCGACGAAGAGUUGGAAGAACUUGGAGAGUUUGCCGAAAGAGAAAACGUGGCUAGAAGGUAUAUGAACAACAUCAGAAGACGCAAGGGGUUGUUUGUUGAUGAGAAAGUGGUUAAGAAUGCCGAGAAACAAAGAACGUUGAAGAAGGAUUAG